UCCCCUUUUCCCGACGCAUUUUGAGGGAUUUCCCGACGCCACGUCACUGCGUCGGGAAAUCCCCUUUAAAUUCGUUUCAGUUCUGUAUUCACAGAACCGAAACCGAGAGGAGGAGAAAAAGAAAGGAGAAGAAGAAGAAGUCGCCGCCGUGCAUAAUCCUUUUGUUCCGCCGCCGUCCGUCGCCGACCGCCCUCGCCGUUGUUCCUCGUCGCCGUCUGCCACUUUAGUUAUGGAUAAGGGUUGGAUGAAACUUAGAAAUAAGUUAUCCCUUGAGUAUAGACAUGGAGUGACCCAAUUUUUAGAAUUUGCCAAAUUUCACGUUGAUGCUUACGGACGAUUGAGGUGUCCAUGCAAGAGAUGUUUGAAUUUAAAUUGGAGCUCAUUAGAGGGUGUGGAAAGACAUCUGCUGACUAUAGGAAUAUCCCCCUACUACACAGAAUGGGUGUAUCAUGGAGAGUCAUUAAGCUAUAGAGGUACAGAAAACUUUGAGGAAGGAACUAGUAGUAAUCCUUUUAAUGAAGGAACUAGUAGUACACAAUUUAAUGAAGAAGGUGAUAUCUUUGGUAUGCUAAAUGAUUUACAAGCCCCUAUUGAACAUGAAGAGGAAAUAGAGGAAUUUCGUUUGGAAGAUGAAAUGGCGAUGAAUGUUGGGGUAAGUAUAGAUGAAGAUACAACAAAUAAUAUAUUUCAGAACUUAUUGAAUCAAGCACGUAAUGAGUUGUACCCCGGUUGUUCUGAAUUUUCGUCGUUGAAUUUUUUGGUUAAGUUGAUGCAUGUGAAAGUUCUAAAUGGUUGGAGUAACAAGUCGUUCGACAUGUUGUUAGAACUUUUAAGAGCAGCGUUUCCAAUGUGUAAUAGUACUAUUCCUAGUUCAUUUUAUGAAGCAAAACGAAAACUUCGUGACUUGGGCUUGGGAUACGAGAUUAUUCACGCGUGA